CAACAAGAAGAACUAUGCAAAAAAUAUUGGCGAUGAUCACGAUAGCUUUAAUUAUCAUGUUAUCGAUGUUUAUACAAACAGAAGGAAAUGAUACUUCUCUUGCUCCUGCAGAAGGAAAUGGUCUUUCUUCUGCUCCUGCUCCAUCCCCGACAUCAGAAAACUCAUGUCUGCACGACGUGAAAGAAAUUCCAGAUUGUGUAAAAGCAGUGUUUCACUUCCGAUUUAAAGAGGUUACAAAGACGUGUUGCGCUAUCUUACUCACUGUUCCUGAUGAUUGUUUUUUGUAGUUGUUUCCUAUUCCUUAUGUCUACCAUACUCUUCUUAGUUCUGUUUGUAAAAAUACUUAGCCACUAUUGAUAAGAUUUUUGCAAUAUUUUCGUUUAUCAGUUUUAUCAACAAUCUGGAUGAAUAAUAUAUAUUUAUAAAAAAUUAUGUAAUUUAUGAAUUAUUUUAAAAGAUGACU